AUGAUCGAAACAAAGAUGCGUUUAGAAGAUUGGCUGGAUGACUUGUCUGCCCGCUUCAUCAUCAACCUCCCGCGCGAGGAGCUUGAAGAUGUGGAGCGAAUCUGCUUCCAGAUCGAAGAAGCACAAUGGUUUUACGAAGAUUUCAUUCGCCCACUCGAUCCCGCCCUGCCAUCCCUGAAUUUGAAGACCUUCGCGAUGCGCAUGUUCCAGCACUGUCCUCUCACCUCACAAUGGUCCUCCUACCACCACGAUGCGGCCUUCUCUCGGUUCUUAGCGUACAAGAUUCGUGUCCCAGUCCGCGGUGCGAUUCUUUUGAAUGAGGAUAUGGAUGAGGUCGUCUUGGUUAAGGGUUGGAAGAAAGGUGCCAACUGGAGCUUUCCGCGAGGCAAGAUCAACAGGAACGAAAAGGAUCUUGAUUGCGCCAUUCGGGAGGUUUACGAAGAGACCGGAUUCGACGUUCGCGAAGCCGAUCUGAUCAAAGAUGAAGACAAUGUGAUGUCCAUUGAGAUCGCUAUGCGCGAACAACAUAUGCGCCUCUAUGUCUUCACUGGUGUUCCUCGAGACACGUACUUUGAGCCCCGCACCCGCAAGGAAAUCAGCAAGAUCGAAUGGUACAAACUGAAUGAGCUCCCAACUCUGAAGAAAAGCAAGCAUUUUGACGAGGGCUUGGCUGUGGCCAACGCGAACAAGUUUUACAUGGUUGCUCCAUUCCUUCGCCCGCUAAAGAAGUGGAUUGCAGAGCAGAAGAAGACCGACUUUAAGGCUCAAGCCGGCUCAAAACCACCACAUCAAAUCGAUGUCGAGGGAUGUGCUUCAGUCGACAAGCCAUUGCCUGGUCCCAACGGUCAUGUUCCUCUGCCAUCGACUACUGAGAUGCCUAUCUCAAGUGACCUCCCUGAAGUCAACCUGGGCCAGGACGCUUCAUCUCAUCUUAAACAGAUUUUGCGAAUUGGCGACACUGCAACCUCCACCGCUCCCAACCAGAUACUAGGUCUCGAAUCUACUCAGCCUGCAGCUGUUGAUCAGAACAAAUCCAACGCGCUCCUGGCCCUUCUUAGGCAGGGCUCUCAAGAUGCUGUGCCUCAAGUUCGCACUCAAUCCAUGCCCCAGUCUGGUAAUUCCCAGAGUGCACCCAUCCUCUUUCCUGGCUUUCCCCCGCAGCCGCAUCAGAACAUGCCGUUCCAACCCGUUCCGUCUCCGCUAGCACAGCCUCCAAUCAACCCCCCCCAGCAACCACACUAUUAUGCUUUCGGUCAGCCUGACAUGUCUGGAUCGCCUGGCACGCAACAGCAUCCGCAUAUGCCCACGUCGGAUUACAAUGGUCAAAUUGGCGUUGUGCCCCCCAAGCACGCUCUGGCUCCUUUUCAGCAGACAGGAGACCCUGUUCUCUCUCAUUCUGCCCAGCCAGCUGCUGGUCAGCGCCUUGCAGCGCCCCAUGCGAGCAAGCUUCCUCCCCCAAAGCUUACUAGCCAUUCCCUCUCGCUUCUGAAUUUCUUCAAGGAUGAAUCGUCAAAGACACCGGUUGAAACUAAUGCCGUGCCGGUGUCUGCAGAUCCUGGAUUGGUUCCAACGCAGACUUCGCAACGCCAGAAAACCUCUCAUCACCAGGACAACCUUCUGGGUCUUUUCAAGGGCCAGAAAACUGUCCCUGCUUCACAGCCGGCGGAAUUGUCUGCCCAUCCUGUGCCACAAGCACAAUCGCCAUACGAGAAGCACAUCUUGCAGAGGGCUCAAAAUCCAAUGAAUUAUGACCUACAGCGUGGAAAUGAGAGCCUCAAGAUCCAAAAUGGCCCCGGUAGAGCUUCGGCCACCGUAUCCGGUCCCUUGAACACACCCAAAUUUGAAGCAAACGGCAAGCCGACUCUCAAGAAAGCCGCCAAUAGCCCUGCUCGCAAGAACAAUAUGGAUCGACGACCCCAGCCACAGCAACUCUCGUCGCCCAUUACAAUUCUACCGCGACCACAGUCGGCAAAGAACGAUUCAUUCCCAUCGGGUCUCACAAAGGACACGACCCAUGUUCAAGCUCAAACUCCGUCCUCUCAUGCCGCCCGGGUCCAGACUCCCGAAUCGGCAAAGCCAUUUCAGCCCCAGAUCCUCCGUCGCUCUGAAAAGGCUGGCUACGAUCAAUCGAUGAUUGCUGCAAACAAGCCGAAUGAUAUCGAUCGGAAGCUGAGCUUGCCUGGGUUGCAAAAGAACACAGACGAAUUGUCUCCGCAGACCAACUUUGGUCGCAGACCCAGCCAGAACGCUGCCCAAAAAGAGGCACUGUUAUCUCUUUUUGGAAAACCUGCUGUUUCUCCGACUCCCCCUUCUGCAGAGCACCCCGACUCUCGAACCGUCACUCAGCAGGCAGCCCACGCCUCGGGUCUGGUUAGUCCUUUGUCAUCCAUGCAUCCCAAUGCCAGUAGUGGCGAGUCCAUUUCACGACACGGUACCCCAUCUGAGGGUGACAAUAUCUCCGGUGCGAACCAACUUUCAUCCCCGAACCAUAAGGCGCUCUUGCUUGGUUACCUACAAGGUGUUGCUAAGGGCAACAAGCGAACUUGA